AGCAUAGCCUUCCCCUUAGGCCAUAUUGUUUUAUAUUUGCAUGUUGCAUUGUCACUCUUAUAAUCUAUAGAUACAUUUUUUUAUUCUUGCCGCGAACUUUGUCAUAGUCACAAAUAUUAAAAGAUCGCGGGGUCUAUUGAACGACAGCUUUGAAGCGCCGUCUUUUGUCUUGACACAUAUGUGGCGCAUGUUUCUGACCUGCUGUCAGUGAUGGGGGGUCCUGGUGUGCCCCAUUUAAGGGCGUAUCUAGGCCAGAGUCUUCGCUCCGCUUCUGUGCCAGCACCUCAUCUGCGCUUUGGAGCUCUCCCCCUCUCUCUCUCGCGCGCUCUUACACUCUUUACGGUGAUGGCUGUCCCUUUCACCGGCUUACCAUAGCGUUUCUGGGUCAGCUUCCAUUCCACAGAGAGGAACUACUCCACAAGACAAGAGAGGGAGAGAGCGAGACUCGGAGAGAGAGAGAGGGAGGGAGUGAGAGAGAGAGAGACUCAGAAAGAGAGAGGGAGAGUCAGAGAGAGAGAGCAAGCACACACCAGAAGUAUUUAUAGAAAAAUGGGGCUCCACAUUACCUUUUCUCAGGAAAGAAUCAUUACAUCGCCUGGCUAGGGUAGAGCGUCCCAGGUUGUUUUCUUCUUUUUCGUCUCUGAGUGGCACUCAGGGCAGUGUUGGGCAAAGUGGCCCUGGCCAGCCGUGAGGACCCCUGCGGAGCGCUCCCGCGGCGACGUGGAAACGGGGGCGGGACUCCUCAGUCUGACCUCACUUUGACCCCACCGGUCUCCGCCCUCCGACCCGACCGCGAGGUCCCGACCCGCCAGCGGAAAAUGAGGAGGUUCCUGAAGAGCCAAAAGGGCCGGUUCUCCCUGCGCCAGAGCAAGUCCGGCACACGGUCGGCUUCCAAGGACUUCGUUCUCUCAAUGCCGCUGUCGAAUCAGGGCUGGCCCGAGGAGUUUGGGUUCCGUCUGGGAGGAAGCGGGCCCAGCUACAUCCUGUCUGUGGAGGAGGGCAGCAGCGCCAACAUGGCGGGCCUGCAGGCGGGCGACCAGGUCCUGGAGAUUGAGGGGCAGGACGUCUCCGCCCUCAACCCCCAGGCCCUGGCCGCACUGGCGCAGAAGCAGAAGAAUGUCCCGCCCAGCAUCGGCGUGGUGUCCCGCAUUCAGCAGCUGGACAUCCCCCCUGGGCCUGACGGCCGCUUUGGCUUCACCAUCGUGGGAGACUGCCCCCUGCUGGUGGAGGACUGCCAGCCGAACUCGCCGGCGGGCCGGAGCGGGCUGCGGGCGGGGGACUUUGUGUUGGAGGUAAAUGGGAUCCCGGUGAAGCAGCACGAGACGGCGGCAGCCAUGAUCAAGGCGUCGCAAGGCCGCACGCUGCGACUGGGCGUGCUCGGAAUGAGCCGGCGGAUUAAACGAACCAGUGGAGGCAGCCUGAAGGAACCGGGAGGCCAAGGGGGCCUCAAGAGCGGCCUGCAAGGGAGCAUAAAAGGGCCCCGACAAGAAGGCUUGCUGAGCGGUCUGCAAGGGGGCCAUCCAGACAGCCUGCAAGGGGGCCAGCCAAGCAGCAUGCAAGGGGACCUGCAAGGGGGACAUCCAAGCAGCCUGCAAAGGGACCAGCCAAGCAGCAUGCAAGGGGGCCUGCAAGGGUGCCAUCCAAGCAGCCUGCAAAGGGACCAGCUAAGCAGCAUACAAGGGGGCCUGCAAGGACAGCAGAGUGACAUGCAGGGGCCAGUCAACCUGCAGAGCAGCGACAGUGUGCGGCAGGAUCGCAAGAACAAAGCUGUGGAGUUCAACAAGAAGAUUGAGCAGGUCCUUGGGGGGGAGCCGGAAGUGAAGGAGAAGCUGUUUGCGGCGCUGAAGCAGUAUGCCGCUGAGAGGCAGGUGGACAUCCUGGCCUCCGCCCUCCCUGACAUCCUGACCAAUGAGGAGCAUCGGCAGCUGCUAGACGCCAUCAGGAUCUUCAUCCCGCGGAAGCACCGGGAGCGGUUCGACGAGGUGGUGUCGCAGAGCCUGGUGGGCCGGAUCCGCCGGGGGAAGAGCCUGAGCGAGCUGGGCCAGAACCGGCUGAGGCGGAGCCGCAGCGAGGGGCACCCCCAGCGCCUGCUGGUGUCCACCCGGGCCAGCUCCGUGCCCCGCACCGCCGUGGAGUCCGGCAUCGUCCCCCCGGCCCGCGGCCUCCGGAAAACCACCUCCCUCAUCGCCGGGCACACCUCUGCUUUGGCCCCUCCCCCCUCCAGCUGCAGGACGGUGCGAGUGCACAAGGGAAACAAGAGUUUCGGGUUCACGCUGCGAGGCCACGCCCCAGUCUGGAUCGACUCGGUCAUACCAGGAAGCCCGGCAGACAAGGCUGGCCUGAAACCGGGAGACCGCAUCCUUUUCCUAAAUGGGCUGGACAUGCGGACGUGCUCCCAUGAGAAGGUGGUGUCGAUGCUGCAGGGCAGUGGUGCCAUGCCCACUCUGCUGGUGGAGGAUGGGUUGAUGGGAUUCCCCCUGGUGGAGGUGGAGCCUCUGGAGGGGCGGGGCACCCCGCCCCCUGCCCAGCGCUCCCCGGUGCUGACCUCCCUGCAGUGGGUGGCCGAGAUCCUGCCGCCCAGCAUUCGCGUCAACGGCCUGACCUUCGCCCAGCAGCUGGAGCAUCUGCUCACCCACAGCGAGCGCUACGCCUUCUGCAAGGCCCUGCAGGCCUUCUUCCAGCACCGGAACUUGGACACCCUCAUUGUGGACGUGUUCCUACUGUUGGACACACCAGCCAAGCAGGUGAUCUGGCAGUUCAUCUACCAGCUGCUGACCUAUGAGGAGCAGGAGCACUGUCAGAGCAAGAUCUCCCGUUUCCUAGGUUACAGGGCCGCAGCAGCAGCAGCGGAGCCUGACCCCACCCCCGAGCCUCAGCGGCGUAGCAGCUCCAUGCGCGUUACUGGGACGACCCACAGGAGCAGCGUGAGGGGGCGGAGCUCCGACGACUGCAUCAUCGGCACUCACCUGGGCAAGGGAAUACACCAGGAGCCAGCAGAGGUUGGGAUGGGGAUGAGGCUGACCCCGGGGGAGAGGCAGUCUGGAGACGGGACAUCCCUCCCAGAGACACCCAACCUGACAAACUUGUCUGCAGUGUAUGCUGAGUUAGAGGGUGUGUAUUCAGGGAAAAGGACCAAGUCUAAAUCUCUGAAGAUUUGUCGCAGCCCUGCCCCUGAUCCUAACCCCACCCUCGAUUGUCUGGAACCCGAUGACCUGAUACACCCUGCGCCUCUGCACUCUGAUACAGGAAGUCAUAUUUCGGGGCCCCCCAUGCCCUGGGAGGAGGAUCUGUCUGACCCUCAGUACCAGUGUUACUCGCAGGGUGGAGAGCCCAACCCCUACAUGAGUCUGGACAGUCCCCCGUCCUCGCCGCCACCCCUGGACUACCCCCCUAGCCCCUCCUCUCGCCGCAGGAAGCGCUUCACCUUCUCCCGCCCCCCUCAAAGCAUCGACACAAGCAAGUUCCUGGAUGCCCUGAACGAGCAGCUAGGCCAUCACAUCGCCUCUGUGGAUGACUUCCUGUCUCCUGAGAACGACUACGAGGAGAUGAGCUUCCAGGAUGAGGAUGAAGACGAAGAGGCGGUCUUCCUGUCACAUGACCUGAGCAGCCCAAGCGAGUGCCACAGCAGCAGUGGGGGUGGUGGGGGCGGAGACGCCAGCUCCCUCACCUACUCCUCCAGCUCGGAGCACAUCCCUCCACCCCCUCAGUCCCCACCUCCUCCCCCGCCCUUCAUGUUCAAUGACCCACCCCUUCCCCUUAGCAUCACCCCUCCUGAGCCCAAGCACGCUCCCAGAAUACAGAUGCCAUACCAGCGCCGCCACCCCCACCCGGUCCCUCCCCCUCCUCCGCCACGCCGCUCUUCCGUACCCCACCGCCAGUCCCUGCACAAGGUCCUGCCCACAAAGGAGGAGCUGUUGAGCCACCACCCCCACCCCCACCCCCACCAGUCUCUCCCAUCCCUUCCUGUGACCCCGGCCACGCACAGCCACACCCAGCAGGCUCAUCCAGGCCACCGAGCCCACCAGUCCCUCCCGGCACGGCCCUCUCCAGAGCCUGCCUCGCCUGGACGGCCUCUCCAGGAGCUUCACCCCCAUGGGGGUCGUCAGCGGCAGCCAUCUCCUGAACCCUCGCAGCCUCAGCCGCACUCUCACCAAGCUCAAAAGACUCAAGAAAUGUAUCAAAUUGAACAAGCUCAACAAAUUUACCAAGCUCAACAAGCUCAACAAAUUUACCAAGCUCAACAAGCUCAACAAAUGUACCAAGCUCAACAAAUGUACCAAGCUCAACAAACUCAACAAAUGUACCAAGCUCAACAAACUCAACAAAUGUACCAAGCUCAUCAAAUUCAACAAGCUCAAGAAGCUCAACAGAGUCAACAAACUCAACAGGUUCAUCAACGUCACCUGUCUUCUGAGCCCAUUCGGCAAAGCCUGCUCCAGCAAAUGCACCAAGCCCACCAAGCUCAAAAAACUCAACAAAUGCACCAAGCUCAAAAAACUCAACAUAUACACCAAGCUCAACAAACUCAAUCUCAGCAGAUUCAACCAAUUCGUCCAACUCCUCAGACUCACCAACGUCAUUCAUCCCCUGAACCAACUUGCCAACAUCACCCAUCUCCUGAGCCUACUCGGCAAGACCACCCACUCCAGCAAAUACAGCAAGCUCAAAAAACUCAACAAAUACACCAAGCCCAACAAACUCAACCGAUUCAUCAAACUCCUCAGACUCACCAACGUCAUUCAUCCCCUGAACCAACUCGCCAACAUCACCCAUCUCCUGAGCCUACUCGGCAAGACCACCCACUACAGCAAAUACACCAAGCUCAAAAAACUCAACAAAUACACCAAGCCCAACAAACUCAACCGAUUCAUCAAACUCCUCAGACUCACCAACGUCAUUCAUCCCCUGAACCAACUCGCCAACAGCACCCAUCUCCUGAGCCUACUCGGCAAGACCACCCACUACAGCAAGUACACCAAGCUCAAAAAACUCAACAAAUACACCAAGCCCAACAAACUCAAUCUCAGCAAAUUCAACCGAUUCAACCAACUCCUCAGACUCACCAACGUCAUUCAUCCCCUGAACCAACUCGCCAACAUCACCCAUCUCCUGAGCCUACUCGACAAGACCACCCACUACAGCAAAUACACCAAGCUCAAAAAACUCAAGCUCAGCAAAUUCAACCAAUUCAACCAACUCCUCAGACUCACAAACGUCAUUCAUCCCCUGAACCAACUCGCCAACAUCACCCAUCUCCUGAGCCCACUCAGCAAGGCCACCCACUCCAGCAAAUUCACCAAUCCUAUCAAAAGCAACAAGCUCACCAUUCUGAGCAAACUAAACCGACAGAUCUGGCUCAUCAAAUUCAUCAACAACAUCCAUCCCCUGAGGCCACUUGUAAAAGCCAUUCAAUUCAGCAGAUGCACCAAGCCCAAAAAUCUCACCAAGCUCUCCAAGCUCAACUUAAGCAGCAAGCGCAACAAAUACACCAAGCCCUUCAGGCCCGCCAGGUUGUUCAAAAUCAACCAAUUCAACCAGCUCAACAAAUGCACCAGACGGUUGACCAGAGUAUUCAGACCCACCAAACUCACAAACGGCACCAAUCUCUUAAGCCCACUCAACAAAGCCAUCCACUCCAGCAAAUGCAGAAAACUCGCCAAGCUCAGCAAGCGCACCAGACUCCUGAGAGUCUCCAAAUUGAGCCCCUGCAGUCCGCAUUCUCUUCAUGCCAGGCCCGCCCUUCUGACCAGUUGUCCGAUUCGUCCAAUCCCCCACCACCUCCGCCCCUCCCACCCCCAUGUGAGCCGCCCCCCUUGCCCGGCCCUAACCACACGGACUCGAACCACAUGAAUGUUAAGCGUUUGCGCUGGGAGCAGGUGGAGAACUCCGAGGGCACCAUCUGGGGACAGCUUGGUGAGGACUCUGAUUAUGACAAGCUGAGUGAUAUGGUGAAGUACCUGGACCUUGAGCUCCACUUUGGAACACAGAAGAGUGCCAUCUCUCUUCCAGAAACAGCAGUCCCCCAGUCCGAGACUUUCAAAAAGAAAGACGUGGUCGAGAUCCUCUCGCAUAAAAAAGCCUACAACACUUCCAUUUUGAUUGCGCACCUGAAGCUGUCCCCCGCGGAGCUGCGGCAGGUGCUGAUGAGCAUGAGCGCGGACCGGCUGGAACCCGCCCACCUGAAGCAGCUGCUGCUGUACUCGCCCGACGAGGACGAGGUCAAGCAGUACCAGCAGUACGGCGCGGAGCCACACAAGCUGAGCGAGCCCGACCAGUUCGUCCUGCAGAUGCUGUCCGUGCCGGAGUAUAAGACUCGUCUGCGUAGCCUGCACUUUAAGACCACUCUCCAGGAGAAGCUGGAGGAGAUGAAGGCCGGCUAUGAGUGCAUCUAUAAUGCCUCCCUGGAGCUUCAGACAAGCAAGAAACUGGCCAAGAUCCUGGAGUUUGUUCUGGCCAUGGGGAAUUAUCUGAACAACGGUCAGCCGAAGACCAACAAGACCACAGGCUUCAAAAUAAACUUCCUCACCGAGCUCGGCACCACCAAAACAGUGGACGGGAAGUCCACGUUCCUGCACAUCCUUGUCAAAUCCCUGAGCCAACAUUUCCCUGAUGUUCUGGGCUUUGCCAAGGACCUGACAACCGUAUCGCUCGCUGCUAAGGUUAAUCAGAAAACCAUCACCACAGACCUGAACGAUCUCCAGGACACCGUCCGUGACAUCAGAGCCGCCUGCCAGACGAUGUCAGCCACGCCCGAGGAUCGCUUCGCCGCGGUGAUGAGUGGCUUCCUGGAGAACACGCACCCGGCCGUGCAGUCGCUGGAGUCGCUGCAGCAGAGGGCCAUGGGAGAGUUCUGCAAGGCCGCCUCCUUCUUCGGGGAGGACAGCAGUGCCACCACCACCGAGAGCUUCUUCGGCAUCUUCACUGAAUUCAUCGGCAAGUUUGAGAGGGCGCUGAAUGAGAUCCAGGCCCCAGAGCACCCCAGGAGCCCCAGGAGCCCCAGACUGGCCUCUCCCUCUCCGCUGGCCUGGUGAGGCCACCCAACCAUUCCCCUGUACCCCACCGAGGCCUGCGUGCCAAAAGGACCACAACAGCGCUUAGUCACUAUGAGGUACAGAAACGACCCAACAGUUCCGCAGCAGGACCUGGAACAACCCAACAGAGCACGAUCUGAACCAGAGAUCACUCUGAAACUCUGAGACAACAACCCAAUCGAGCACAACCCUGUGGGCUGCAAUAGGACCCAUGUCACCAGUAAACAGAAAACAUUCACUAUGGAAGCGUUUUUUUUCCAAGAAAAUAAUCAGUGGGAACAAUGGAAAUGUCAUUAUCAAAAACAAAGGAAUGCACUUCAAUAAUUUACUGAAUCAAUGUUGUCUUCGAAAUACUAAAAGGUAAUUGCGUUUUAUUCAACGUGGAAAGAUAAGCCUAAUAGAAAGUAAUGUACAGUCAGUACCUGUAAUCUGGGCAAAAUUAUUUGGUGCCAGACCUGUAACUGACUAGUUAUGAGGUGAAUUACCUGCCAGCCCAAUUUGGACUGCAAGAACAUUUAUCUAAAAAUAUAAUCUCACUGUUUUUUGACCUGAAGACGAUUUACGGACUCAUGACUUUAAAGUUAUUAUUUAUUCGAUAUAAGGUACCAGUUAGAUAUUGAGUAUUACUUUCUCCUUGUCCUCUAUAACCUGAAUGUAGAUAUAAUUUCUUAAAGCUGUGUCUUGAACUGUGUCACAAACUGAACGUGUUACAUGGGGCUUUGAGGUCAUCAGACGGCAUCAGAUUGGAGGAUGGACUAAUCGUGAAAAGCUGUGUUGAUUGAUUGAAAUUACUUGGGCUGCUCCUGGAAUUAUGUUAUUGUGACCUAUGUGAUUUUUUUGGGGGGGAGGGGGUAAGUUGGGGUGGUUGGUUUUCUGGGCAGUGGUUACAUUAAUCUGGCAUGGUGCAUAGGUUUUGAGAAAAUGAUGGAUGUGUGUGGGCUGAUGACUCAAAUUUAGUCAGAGAAGGGUUGAUGCAAUAUGACAACAUUACAGUAUUACAUUUCACAUACAGUGUAUGAAAUAAUUACAAAAUAAUUAUGAUUACAUGCAUUGUAAACCACCACAAUGAAUGUAUAUGCUUGGCGCUGAUUGUAGAAGCUAUAGAAAUCGUUCUGUUUUAGGUACAUGUGCCUAGUCCUAGUAGAAGGCUAUCUCUCCUGAUGUAAGUUUAUACAUUUCCUGUGUAAACAGAAGCAGUGUGAAUAUUUAGCUGAAGUACACUUUUAAUAAUGAUUGUUUAAAUAUACUGUAAAAUUAUCAUAAGUUGGAAAAUAUAGUCAUUGGCUACUGUUCUUAUAAAUAAUUAUUUCUAUUAAAUUAGAGAAAAAGCUGUGCAAGAGUGGCACAGUUACACAAGUACACAGAAAUCCAAGACUGGCACAGUUUAUGCAAGUACACAUAGAAAUCCAAGACUGGCAUAGUUUCCCCUCAGAUUUUGCAUGUGCUUUUGGGAUCUGUGACAGGUGGUGAAAUGCAGCCCUAAUAUAGAUCAUAAACUCAUACCCCCACCACCACACCACUAAUCAGAGAUUACGAACACAUGUGUUAUGGCCACAGGUACUGUAUAAGCAGGAAGUUGCACUUUCAGCCUAUGAACUGCUUCCUCUUGCUGACUUGGUGUGAUGUACUUUCCCAACAUGGCCACACACAGGCGUUGUUCCUCCUGAUAACAAUGGGUAGAGGGGAGAAUAGAGCCAUUGGUACCUAUGCUCCCACUUUAGCCUCCUGUGUCUACCCAUGAGAACAUAUCCAUCAGCUUGCCCAUAUCCCAACUUAGCCCACAAACUCUUAGUGUAAAAUAUCUAUUCUGAUCCAGGAUCAGCUGCUAAGAACAUACUGCACACUGAAAACUCUGACCGCCUGAAAGCCAGUGACUCAAGAGAUCGUUUGUGGAUGACUCAUCGACCAAAAGCCAGCAUUUUAAAAACAGUAGCAUCAGUGUGUUAGUGAAUUUAAAAGUAUUGUUGCCUCUUUUGUUGUCUUAUAACCACUGAUGAAUUAUGUAAAUGUGUGCAUGUGUAAGAAUUAGACUUAAAAUUAUUUUUAUUGUUUAUGUAUUCAGGAGACUAUUUAAUAAUGAAACACUUUAUCAUGCAUAUAGUUUAUUUUAAGGUGACCGUGUUUGCCAGGCCCAGUACCUCCCCACAGUGAAUGUGUUUGUGGUUCAUUGUAAAGCUGCUCUGUAUUGGUCGGUAGCAAUAAAUCGGUUUUGUAUGGUGAACGCUGUACAGACAAUACUGUCAGCGAACGCUACCAGAAAUAAAUGCGUCUUUGGAGUCAGA